UUCAGUCCCCCUCUCUCUCUCCUCAUCCAACCCUUCAUCUCUCCCUCUCUCUCUCUCUCCAAAAGCACUAGCUUUCUCUCUCCCUAUCAUGGCAGAAACAGCACCCAAACGCCAAAGAGAAGAAACCCAUGGUUUCCCUGAAGAAAACGCAGACCCAAAACGCCAAAAAUCCUACGACCAAAUACUCUCUCUCCUCGAAGAAGAACAAGAACAAGAACCCAACCAAGAUUUCUCCUCCAUUCUCAAAACCCUCCAACGAGAACUCGACGACGACCCGUUUUCCGUACCCGGGUCCGAGACCGACCCGAACGGGAACAACCCGACCUGGAUGGGAGGGGAGGAGAAAGACGAGGCGGAGAGGUUCAUGAGACACUUACUGGAAGCGUCCGAUGAUGAGCUAGGGAUACCCCACAGAGUGGACGGUGGUGAUGGUGAGGGGAUGAAGGGUGAAGAUGAGAUCUCGUUUUGUGAUGGGCUUUGGGAUUUGGAAGAUGAGGCAGCGAAUUAUUAUUCGUUGAUGCAGUCUGAACUUUAUGUAGAUUUUUGGGAAUAAUUAUUAACACCAGUCACGUGGUACCAUAGGCCAUGGAACCAAAAUGUAUGGUGGUGGAAAGACCUCCGGCGAAACCACGUGGUGGUUUGAACGAGGGCCUACGUCAACUUGUGAUAUUGGAAGGGCUUAUGGCUUGGGAUGAUGUUUCGGGAGCAUUGAAUAAUUUAUAGAUUUUAAAAUUUUGGAAGUUUGAAAAGAAAAUAGUAGUAGGAAAAAGUAAGGCGUUUUGGGGGGAUUUAGUUUUUGGUCCCUUUCUUUUUGUAAAAAUUUGUCACUGUCCACGUCCCUUUUAUCUUUUAGAUUUGGAAUGUAGAAGAUAAAGGACAAGGGGUCUAAAAAAAUCCGUUACACGGAUUAAGAUCCGAGUUGUUGAUUAUCAAAAUGAACGAUCAGAACAGUAGCUUGGCAGCAUCACUGGGUCUUAAAAUCUGUACUCCAUUGUUCCAUUUUUCUAUCUUGAAAGCAAAAAUAUAGAGGGAAAAUGUUGAUUCUUA